AUGCCAAAUAUUGAAACGCAAAUCAUUACAAAUCCUCCCGUCACCAAUGGGCAAAAUCAAAAUAAACGAAAAUAUAUCAGAAAACCUACAAAAGAUGAUCCGACACGUCCACGUGUCAUUCGAAGGACGAGAAAUACAUCAAAAUCUGUGACAAAUACCGUCUUAUCACAAACUGAACAAUCAACAAUGGACACUAAAAAGACGCCCACUUCUCCCAUGUCACCUGCUCAAACUAUGACAAAACGAACAGGUUCUACGACUGCGAAUGCCGAUCUCGGCCAAAUUUCCGUUGUUGGUACAAAUGGUCGUCAACUCCCACCAAAGGAAGGAAUAAACCAGGAAAACAUUGCCGAUCGUUUUGUUGAAUUUAUAAUGUACUGUAACCCAUCGGCACCAGGAACUCUAGAUACGGCUGCACUCAUUCGCUCUUUUAAUGCCGUCCCCAAAUCUGAUGGAAAAGUAUUUCAAACUUGGUCCCUUUACCAACUUGUCGGUAAGCAUUAUUCUGGAGAAAUCAGAACAUGGACAAAGUUGGCACAGAAAUUGGGUGUUGUACGUACCCCUGAAGCUAGUCCUCAAAAAAUUCAACAAUAUGCUGUAAGAUUGAAGAAAUGGAUGGCUUCAGUCCAUGUAGAUGCUUAUUUUGAUUACCUGUUGUCACGAUCCAAUGAAUAUUAUCAAAUGCCACAAAAAAAUCCAAUCGAAGCAAGUGACGACGAAUCAGACGUCGUCUUGAAAUUAAUAAAACGUGCUGGAAGUAAACGUCAAAAGAGAAAAUAUACACGUAAAAGUACAAACACUUCUGGCGAUGGAACUGCAAACGAAGAUGCUUCUCGGGGUAUCGAUAAUGUUGAGCUAGAUGAUGAUGUUCACUUUGAGAGCGAGGAGGUCGAUGAAGGUGUUGAUAGUAAGCACAGGAUUAAACGCUCAAAACAUUCAUAUUCUGACGACAACGAAGGGUCGGAAGAAGAGGAUGAUAAAGACCCAUGGGCGAUAGGCUACGAUGAAGAAAAAUCUGAACGACCAGUGGAAACGACUGGAACGGGUCAGCGUAGAAAAAAUGUUGUCCAGGUAGGUUUUGGUCCUCGUUGGGUUAAGGAUGAAGCGGAGGAAGAAGUUGAAAAUAUCGUUGGGGGUAGAUUGGGAGUUAAUAAAGAAGGCAACCCUGAAAACGAUUCAAGCCGUUAUUAUCGUCAAUACCCAUCACAGUUUGCAUCGAAUUUCCUACCACACUUGAUCGAACCGAAUAAAGGUUCAAAUAUUCCUACACCAAAUCCUUCGCCGACAUUGCCAGACAUGAACCUUUCCAGUGGAAAUGACGCUGGAAUCAAAAGGGUAUUGUCUCAUUCCGGUGCAACUAGUGGUGCUGGUACUCAAAAAUUGCGUUGGCGUAGUAUCUCUGUGGGUGGUGGUCCCGUGCCUACCGGUUUCAAAUCGUCUGCUGCUGCUCAAUCUUAUCUAACCACCUCGUCCAAUGUACCUUCCUCUUCCCAAAAGGAGCAAAAGAAAAAACAAGACGCGGGUCAAUCAGUCAACGCACCAACAAUGGCACGACAAAUAUCAUGGACCAACUCUGGUGGUUCCAUCCCAGCGAUGCCAAGCGGCAAUAAUAUUGCAAACAUUCCGAAUGAACAACAACAAAGCACCGGCGAUCAAAACUUCGCUAAUAUGUUCUUACCUACUUCAAUCCCUUCAAACGAUGAUGGAGAAACGAUCAAGGUUCUCCAAGAGAAAUUGGUACGCGCUGUUGGCAUGUUGGAGGAUAGUCAACGAAAAAUUAAGAUGUAUGAGAAUCUCGUCCGUAAAAGGGACGAAGACGUAAGACAACGUGUUAUACAGGAAAUCAAAAAUGAUGUAAAUGGUGUUUUUGAACGAUGGCAGCAGCGACAAUGA